CACUCGCAACCGACCGCGCACACGGAUCCGCGAUGCUUCCUUAGUCGCCGCUGCCGACGUCGGACUCAGUUGCAGCCCUGCUUCCCGCCUAGUCUCUUCUGGUUUCACCGUGCCGGGGAUCCUCAGCAGCAUUUCGUUGUUAUUCUCUGUUCACGCAGCCACGAAUCGACAACACAAAACCUCCUUACAAGAGGAGGGCCGUGCCGUCCACCUUAUCCCUACAAGAUCUGGUGUAGAAUUUAGAGUUAGAUUAAACCCUGUGUCGUAAAACAUGACAUCAAAUUCAUCGAAUAUGAAUAGUGCUGGAACUCGUGAUCUGUCUCCUCGCACGGACGUCGACGUCGAGGAUACCACAGACAAGCUGAAGGCGCGCUACAUCUUCGGCGGCCUGGGCAUGUGCGGCAUCGCCAUCGGCUACGCGCUGCGGGUGAACCUGUCGGUGGCCAUCGUGACCAUGGUCAACUACACGGCCAUCCAGUCCGGCACCACCGAGCAGGACAGCGGGGUCUACGCAGAGGGCACGUGCUUCGCUGGCGAGAAUGUCACCACUCAAAAGACGGAGGACGGCGAGUUCGCUUGGGACGAGGCGCGGCAGGGCUACAUCCUGGCGGGCUUCUUCUACGGCUACGCGGUGGGGCAGCUGCCGGGCGGCCUGCUGGCCGAGCGCUUCGGCGGCAAGCUGGUGUUCGGGCUGGGCAACUUCAUCACCGCCGUGCUCACCGUAGUCAGCCCGUUCGCCGCCUGGCUCAACGACGACCUCUUUUUCGCCGUGCGUGUCCUCGAGGGGCUGGCCGAGGGAGUGACAUUCCCUGCGGUGCAGUUCAUGAUUUCUAAGUGGGCGCCCCCUCAAGAGCGAAGCAGGUUCUCCAUAAUCUUUUCUGGAGGGUACCUGGGCACGGUGAUCACGAUGCCGGUGUCGGGCCUGCUGUGCAGCACGAGCGUCGGCUGGCCGCUCGUCUUCUACGUGUUCGGCGGCAUCGGCAUCCUCUGGUACAUCCCGUGGCUGUUCCUCGUGUACGACACGCCGGCCAAGCACCCGCGCAUCGACCCCGCGGAGCGGCGCUACAUCGAGGCUUCGCUGGGCAAGGUGCCCGCCAAGAGGAAGCUGCCCAUCCCGUGGAAGAGGCUGCUGUCGACCCCCGGGCUGUGGGCGUGUGCCUCUAUGCACCUGGGCAUCGGCUGGGGUUUCUUCACGCUGCUCACCAGCGGGCCCACCUACCUCGCCAACAUCCUGCACUUCGACAUCUCCAGCAACUCUGCGCUGUCGGCGGUUCCGUACAUCGUGGGAGGUCUGGGCAGCGUCGUCUACAGCGGUAUCCUCGACUACCUCAUCACGAGCGGCAAGGUGUCCAAGAUCAACGGCUACCGCAUCUUCAACGGCAUCACCGCUGUGCCGCCGGCGCUGAUGCUGAUCGUGAUCACGCUGGUGGGCUGUGACGUGGCGGGCAUCAUCGUCCUCCUCGCCAUCAACGGUCUGUGCAUGGGCGCGCAGUACACGGGCAACUCCAUGAACCUGCUCGCCAUCGCGCCCAACUUUUCGGGCACCAUGCUCGGCAUCUCUAACACGUUCGCAAACGCCGCUGGCAUCUUGGCACCGUACGUCGUGGGAUGGCUGACGAAUGGCAACCAAACGCGGACGGCGUGGAAUACUGUGUUCUACAUCUCAGCGGGAAUCGGCCUCGUCACGUACGCCCUGUAUGUGGUGCUCGCCACGGACAAAGUGCAGCCAUGGAACGAUCCGCCCCAGGAGGAAGAGUCCAGAGAGGAAGGAAAACAACAGAAUGGACUUGACAACCCCGUCUUCGAGACAGAGCGAUUCUAA